CCUCAAAGAUCAAUGUUGAAUUAAUUGAAUGUUGAGGUAGAUCUUAGCUAGAUCUAAGCUGUGAGACUAUAGACUAAAAGUACAGGAUCUAGGAAAAGGAAAACCUUCUUCAAAAGAUGCAGAAACGGUGUAUAUUGGAAUGUGUUCAACUUCUGUUCUAUGCUGUGCUCCAUUAUGUAUCUGGUCAGUGUGAUGUUGGAGCGACUGUAUUUACUGAAACAAAUGCAAGGACAAACAACGCAUUUUACCUGAACUCUGCGAGACCAGUGAGCUGUAAUGGAACCAUCAAUUCCUUCUCCUAUUGCUAUUACAGGCCAUCACGACGACAAUUUGAUGGCUACGUAGCUACGUUUGCUGUGUAUCGACUGAAUUCUCGAGGUACUGCUUAUAAUCCUGUGUCGGAGGUAUUUCAAGCCAGACAGACUCAAGAAGAAAUCAGUGAGAUUGAUUUUGCUUGCUCCACUGUCACUCUUAAGCAACGAGUGUCCGUGGAGACUGGUGAUGUAUUUGGAGCUUGUGUUGUUAAUCCCUCUGACAGGAAUAUGUUUCGACUCGAUCUAGUUGGAAGAGGAACAGACAGACUACGAAGAAUAUCACAGCCAUCUCGCUCUCAAUGUAGCGAAACUGCAGUACCUACUAGUGUAUCAGUAUCUGGUAAUACAGUAACUGGAACUCUUUACAUUAAUGCAAUGGUGGUGUCGAAUGAUAUUUCUGAACUAGCAACAACUACAGAUGAGGUAGCGAUAACUACUAAUUCUCCUACCAUGACAACGGAUGAAGAAAUUCGAACUAGUGCAACUGAUACCACAGCUCCAAACUCUCCUAGCAGUGCAGCUGGCCCAACAGCUGCUGCCGUGGUGGUAGUUUUGCUUGUUCUAGCUGGUUUGAUUGCAACUGUUACUGUGAUUGUGAUUGUUUGGAAAGGCAAACAAAAACGAAACAGGCCUACGAGCUCAUACACGGUCUCCACACAUCCUCGUCAAGAUGUAGCACUUGGUAUUGAUAACAUGGUGUAUGCCGUUGAUGGUGGGAAGGAGUCAGCAAACAAUAGGAAAGAAAGUGAAGACUACUACGAGGUGUCUCAGGAGCAUUUUUACGAGCUAACCGAGAGUAACAAGAUGAUGGAGUUAAGUAGCAGCUACUAUGCUGAGAUUGGACCGUUCAAUGAAGUGGUCGAUGAAAAUGUGUAUGAGUCGCCACUGGAUGCUAAAUCAAUCAGUUUUGUCAAACUCAUGGAAAAGAAUAGACUAGAAGAUAUCUACGGAUACGAGAAUCCAUAUGAAGUGCCAGCUGAAAGUGAAGAUCACAUAUAUGAGCAAUUUAGCAGCUGGGGAAUCUCCACUAUAACAUCUGGAGAUGUGAAGAUUGCUGGUCACCUUAGGUCUGGUCAGUUUGGCAGUGUGGAGCAAGGAGUGUGGAAGAGACAGGGAACUCAACCAGUGGACGUGGCACUCAAGAGUCUCACCAAAACAUCAGAGGAGGAUAAAGUCAAGUUCCUCCAAGAAGCCGCCAUCAUGGCUCAGUUCAGACACCCUAAUAUCAUCAUGCUCCAUGGAGUAAUCAGCGAACAACACCCUAUAAGACUAGUCGUUGAGUUGGCUAAAAGAGGUGAUCUUCGUAACCUCCUACGGUCUCUAAGGCCUGAUCCUGGCCAGCUUCUUCCUGGGAGUACUUCAUCAAUGUUACUGAAGUUCUCUCAACAAGUGGCUCUUGGGAUGCAGUACCUCUCAGCUAAAGGAUUUGUGCACAGAGACUUGGCUGCUAGGAAUGUGCUAGUUACUCAAAACAACAUGUGCAAAGUUGCUGAUUUUGGAAUGUCCCGAGAUCUCAAUGAUGAGAACUACUACGUCUCACAAGCAAGAGGCAUGAUCCCCGUCAAGUGGACAGCCCCUGAGGCCCUUCACUACAAAAAGUACUCGACUGCCAGUGAUGUGUGGGCCUACGGGUGUCUGCUCUAUGAGAUAUGGAGUCUGGGACACAAGCCGUUUGAAAAUUUUGAAAACCUUGAGACUAUUCAAUUGGUGGACUCUGGUCAACGUCUAUCUCCACCUCCUGGCUGCUCAAAAAUAAUCUAUCAGCUUAUGAUGCAUUGCUGGCAUUCUGAGAGUUCCCAACGUCCUGGUUUUCGUGACAUUGUGCUGAUGCUGGUUGGCAGUGAGAAGAUGGUCCUGAACAUUCCCGAGGAGGACUCCUCCACUAACCUACUGGCUGGAGUAUUGGGAGCUCCACUGGAGGCCGGGAAGAACAUGUACUCUCAGCUGCAGAACAGAUACAGUAGAAGUGUAUUAACUGUUUAAUUUUUAUUGUGCACCAAACUUCACACCAGCUCCACCCCUUUUGCAAAAAACAUUAAAUGGUCACAAGA